UGAUGUCACGUGAUCAGUUGAAAUACUAAAGUUGCUGGAGCAACAUGGCUGCCUCCAGUGUCUUCAAGGCUGGACUUUUCAACCACAAAGUCGCUAUUGUGACAGGAGGUGGAACGGGUAUUGGAAAAGCUAUCACAUCUGAACUACUUCAGUUGGGCUGCAGUGUAGUUAUAUCUUCACGCAAACUGGAGCGACUGCAAGCGGCUGCUCAAGAACUGUCACAGAAGAUCCCGGCAUCGAGCCCAGCUAAAGUUACCCCGAUAGCAUGCAACAUCCGGAAUGAGGAAGAGGUUAAAAACUUGGUGGGUUCAGUCCUGAAGUCUCAUGGAAAGAUUGACUUCUUGGUUAAUAAUGGUGGCGGCCAGUUUACAAGCCCCGUUGCCAAUAUGACCGUUAAGGGCUGGAAGGCUGUGAUUGACACCAAUCUCACUGGGACAUUCAUUUGCUCUAAAGAAGUCUACAGUGCUUGGAUGAAGGAUCACGGAGGUGUAAUCGUCAACAUCAUUGCUGACAUGUGGAAAGGAUUUCCUGGCAUGGCGCACACAGGAGCUGCUCGAGCUGCAGUGGACAACUUGACCAAAAGUCUGGCCAUAGAGUGGGCUGCCGAUGGAGUUAGGGUCAACUCUGUUGCUCCGGGGACCAUUAUUUCCAAAACGGCUAUGGAAAACUACAAAGACUUUGGUCCAACUCUGUUCAAAAUGUCCAUACCUUUCAGCCCAGCCAAAAGAUUAGGAGUCCCAGAGGAGAUUUCACCAGCUGUGUGCUUCCUUCUGUCCCCGGCUGCCUCAUACAUUUCAGGGGAGACCCUGAAAGUCGACGCUGGACAGAGUCUCUACCACUCCAUGUGGGAAAUUCCAGACCACAGUUCUUGGCCAGAAGCCCCUGAGGGCGAAAACACCGACACCCUGAGAGAGAUUAUGGGCCCCAAAUCCAAACUGUGACCAGAAGCAUAAGGAUUCCAGAAAGCUUGGCCCAGACUGUCCAGGCAGGGAAAGCCUGGGAAACAGUGCCUUGAUCUUGAUGAACUGACCAUAUAUAAUUCAUGCUGCCAUAGGUGUACAGUAAAUCACAAAAGAUGCAUUGAUAUGUCAGUCAAAUCUGCAUAUGGUACACUGAGGUGGGAAAGGAAAUUGCAAGGGAGGUUGGGGGUAAACUGUUGUAAUACUGUUAAUCUAGAGUUUAUGCUCUUAUUUUUGAGCUACACUUUGUAUGUCAUUUGUGAGUGUAAAUAUUUUUGAAAUUAUACCAUGUUUACUCCCUCGUAAAUAUUAAUAUCUCAUGUGAAAUAAAAACUAUAAUGGGUA